AUGGCCGACAGCUUUCGCGAAGAGAUACUUGACGCGCAGGUCAGCACGGGCGCUAAUUUGGAGAUGGCCGAGGGCGCUGGCGGCAAUGAAGACAAACCCAACAAUUUCGAGCUCCCCUUCGCUGAAGGCAGUGGCGAGGAUCCUCCGGCGCCGCGCGUAACCUUCCUACAGUACCUGACGAGUCCCAUCAUUACCCUUCUGGUUGGAUCAGGCGACAACGAGACAAUUCUCACGGCCCAUCAAGGCCUGCUGACCGAAAGCCCGUUCUUCUCUGCAGCUUGCGCCGAGUUUCUCGAUGACGGAAGCCCCCACCACAUUGAGCUUCCCAGCGAGGACUUUGACGCCAUUAGCUGCUUCCUCGAGUUCCUCUACACGGGCGACUACUUCCCCCGCAAGAUCCCCGGUCAGCGCGCGCUUGAGAAGGAUUCGUCGACUCCCGACGUCGAUGCUACUGGCGACCAGCUUCUCAAGCAUGCCAAGGUCUACACUCUGGCCGAGAAGUUUGGCCUCUCACAGCUCAAGAACCUGGCCUGGAGCAAGAUCCACCUCGUCAAAUCGACCGCCAUGGCCGAGAUUGCAUACGCGCGCUACGUCUACGAGUUCACCUCCAAAGACGACUCAUCAAUCCGCGCCCCCGUUGCCAGCUUCUGGGCCACGCGCAGCCACACCCUCUGCGCCGAGGCCGAGGAACAGUUCCGCGGCCUGUGCUUGGAGUUCCCGCAAUUCGGCUACGACAUCCUCACUCGGGUCCUCAACGAGAAGCUCAAGCGCGAGCGCGACGAGAAAUUGCACCUAGUUAUGCCCAGCAGCGCCCGCAAGCGCCCCCGCCACAGCAGCAGCGCCGCCGCCACUUAG